AUGCUUAACGCAAAGGCUCUUACCCAAACCCUUCAAAACGCUUUAAGUCAAGGAGUUGAUAACAUUUUGUAACUAUUAUUCAGCUUACUCCCCCCCCCCUUUAAAUUGAAACAAAAAAUUUUGUUUCAAUUUAAAGGGGGGUUAAGAAAAUUUUUUUAUAAAAAAAAUUUAUAUAUAAAAAUUUUUUCAGAGAUAAAAUUUUAUAGAAAUAUAAUUUAUAUAAAUUUAAAGAAUUUCAUGAAAAAUUAAUUCAUAAAAAUUUCUCAAUCUCAAAGUGUAAACUUGCUGAAAUGGUAUUCUUCUAAACUCUCCCCAUAACAAUUGGACAAAAUAGAGUUUAAUUUCUAAAUCUUAUAUGUUUGAAGCAUAUUAAAUAGGGUAUUAACGUAUUUACAUAUAAAAUAAUGAUUUUUACCUAUAAAAUUUUCUAUUAUAAUAAAAUUUUGUUUCAAUUUUAAAGGGGGUAAUUUCCAAAAAAAGUAGGAAUUUUACCUAUAUUCUGUUUCAAUUUAAAGGGGGGGGGAGUUAGUUAACAAAGAAGGAGCCUUAUUAGCCUCCGCAAAUGACCAAGAUAAUGUAAAAACUUCAGGAGCAAUCGCGUCAACUAUUUGGUGUGAUUACGAAGCAAACGCCCCAUCAAGCGAAGCUGGAGGCCAAGCAGAAGAAGACGAAUUAAAUUUAAUGAUUAUUGAAGCAGAAGCUGGAAGAAUUAUCGCAACAAGCCUCGGAAUGAUGUGUCUCUGCAUACAAGGCCAAGGAGAAAUAGGGAAACUAAUAGAAACUGCAAAUAGGGUCAAAUUGUCACUGCAGCCGUCAUUUCAAGCUUUAUUGGCUGAAGGAGAAUAA